GCAGUCACUUACACGCGAGUGUAAAAAGUCCAGCAUCCACAGCACCGUGACGCCGUCAUCUGGAUUCCUGGCGCGCCCACGGACCGAUUGGACCACACUUUACUUUGGCUCUGCGGCUCACGAGUGCCAUGUUUUUCACGUACUUUUUGUCGGUCAACUGCUUCCUGGGGGUCUGGUCCUUGAAAGCGGGGUCCACGGGCGGCUUUUCAGGUGACCUGGACCAGGACACGGUGUCGCAACACAUGUCCAGACUCUACCAGUCAUGCAGCGCGGAGAACCGACUGAAAGAAGGGAAUACUGUGAGGAGUUUCAGAGCCGCUCCAGACUUAGCUGACCAGAAGAUUGUGUACCAGUUAAACCUCUCUGCACUCCAGGAAUCAGAGGUCAUCCUCUCUGGUACAUUCCACUUCCCGCUGGAACGACGUCCUCACCAAAAAAAUUGGUUCUGUAAACGCUUCAAGAGCCCAUCCUGCCGACCCUCGGCCACUCUGACUUCUCAGUCCAUCAGCCUGAUCUUUCGCUCAGUCCAUCUGAGCUCAAGGGUCAGCUCCGGGUCAAUGGGGUCAUUCCUAGGCAAUGUGACCUUCCACCCCCACAGGAGAGGGGUGUGGCAGAUGAAAGACGUGACCCAGGUCAUAAAGCAAGCCAGAGAUAAGGGUCAUGUGCUUGUGUCAGUGGAGCUGGACGUCGGGCAGCAGUACCACAGAACGUCGUCUCCAGGCAACUUGCCGUACCUGCUAGUCUAUGCUGAUGAUGUUGCGCUGUCGGAGCCCAACAGUGUUGCUAUGGGUCUUCAGAGGUACGACCCCCUCACCGAGGGAGGGGAGUCCAUCGAUACUUCACAGUCACAGGACUUGAAAGGACGCGUGAGAAGGGAAGCCACUUCGCUCCCCGAGCCAAUCCAGAACAAUGAGCUCCCUGAAGUGGACUACAUGCCUGAAGGUCACAGGAAGGAUGACCUCUGGGAGAGUGCUUGGUACCUGGCAGUCAAACCCAAACUUAAAUCAGAAAAACAGGAAAAGAAAAGAAAGAUCCAGCAAGAGGAAAGAGUUGAGCAAAACGAAGGCGGAAGCAACGCUCAGGUUUCCAAAGAGACGAAACGAACAUCUGAGCGUCAAUCGGCCGACAACUCGACGGAGAAGCGACACAAGGAGAGUCGCACCACCCACCGCCGACAUGACGGCAGAGAUGGAAGAAAGCUCAAAGGAAGCCCUCAGACGAAAUCACCUGUUCUGAACUUUGACGAGCAAACCAUGCGUAUAGCUAGGAGGAGACAGUGGGCGGAGCCUCAACACCGAGGCUGCUCCAGGAGGAACCUCCGAGUGGACUUUGCUGAUAUUGGUUGGAGUGAGUGGGUCAUAGCGCCCAAAGCUUUCGAAGCCUACUACUGUGCCGGCACCUGCGGGUUUCCGAUGUCCAAGGUGGCCAGACCAUCCAACCACGCCACCAUCCAGAGUAUCGUCAGAGCGGUGGGGAUCGUUCCUGGCGUUCCUGAGCCCUGCUGUGUUCCAGAGAAGAUGAAACCCCUACCAGUACUCUUCCUAGAUGAAUCCACAAAUCCCGUUCUUAAGAUCUACCCCAACAUGUCAGUGCAGUCCUGCUCGUGCAGAUAAGAGCUGGCCACGGGGGCAGAGGACAGAGCACGACGCCUGAGACAGAAAACAGAACUGAUGGAGACAGAAGCUUUCCGUGCAAGACACUUUGGACUUUGUUCUCACUGAGAGGAAACAGUCGUGAGAGAAACCAGUCAUCUGGUCUUUGGCUGCAAACUUGGGGAGAAAUAUCAUCCGGCCUCUGACUCUGCUCAAGGAAGCUAAUAAAGAGGUGGUCGCCUCACAGGUCCUACCUUCAAUUUAUUUCAUGAAAGUGGGCCAGAAUGUUCAAGGAAUGAGUGUUGUUGUCUGCCCACAUAAAAUUGUGUUGUCUGAGAAUUAAAGGGAAAUAUGAACGUGCCAGUGGUGAGAGCAAAAUUAAGUGACAUAAUAUAUAUAUAUAUAUAAAAAAGAAAAAGAAAAAAAUUAGAAUAAGUCACUGAGCUUUUUCAGUAGGAAAACAAAUGGUUAUUGUCAAAUCCAAAUUCUGACAGAAUCUGUCCAUCGAAGUUUGUAAAAGCCUAAAGGCCAUCUAAUCGAAGAGGCAAAAAAGUCAAAAAUGGUCGCCAUUUAGGCAGGAAAAAAAGAAUAAAAUUGUUUCUAUUGCUACAUAAAGUGAAGGAGCUAAUUGUACAUUAGCAAUUUUGUCACGGGAGAAGACCAGAGGCUCCGUGAAAGAUAUCAUGAAAUGUUCGGCAGCUUCCACACUUUCACAUGAAAAGAGAUUAUGAGACAUAUUUUUCUACACUGUACAGCUGUAUUUACAUUUUGCCUGGAACAUGUUAUUGUAUAUUCUCGCUGUAUAGACCGGCCAUAUUGUCUGGAUGAAUUCAUUUUACUCCAAAAAAAGUUGAAGGUUUUUAAGUAUUUUGAAUGUGAAAUGUAUUUUUUCAUGAUGACUAGAUGACAAUUAUUUGUACAUGUGUAUUGUUUAAGUUAUGGAAAAGUAGCCGUCUAUGA